AUGUGGCAUCAAAGCACCCUUGGAGGAUCUGAGAAUUCUUUCUCUGUGAAGCCGGACGUACACUACUCCAGACAUUCUGAAUUAUCAGAAGAUGCACUGAAACCGAAGACCGAAUCUCAUCUUCUCAUCAUAGAUCCCUCGCUACUUUUCACGUCUGAAGACCUUCGUAACAAAUCGUCUGUCAGAAUUGUCCGGAUGCAAAGCCAGAAUAAGGCUCAAAAUACUCCAACAAGAACAGACUCUAAAACUCUGUGUCAAGGUCCUGAGAAGCAGUAUAAAGUUUGUAAAAAUACGUGUGCGGGUACGAACUCGGACUACAGAAGUGUGGAAUGCGAGAAACAUAAUGGGAAGUACUUCGGCGGCAGACGAUACGAGUGGCAGGCGUACAUUAACCCAUAUAACCGGUGUGAGCUGUCGUGCAAAGCCAGGAACUACCGAUACUAUGCGAGGUUUGGUGACAGAGUAGAUGAUGGUACGUCAUGCAAGCCAGACAAGGAAGCUGUGUGUAUCAGUGGCAAGUGUCUGAACAUCUCGUAUGACAAUGUCUCGUAUGACAACGUCUCUUAUGAAAACGUCUCGUAUGACAACAUCUCUUAUGACAACGUCUCGUAUGACAACAUCUCGUAUGACAACGUCUCUUAUGACGUCUCUUAUGACAACGUCUCGUAUGACAAUAUCUCGUAUGAGAACGUCUCGUAUGACAAUGUCUCGUAUGAGAACGUCUCGUAUGACAAUGUCUCGUAUGAGAACAUCUCUUAUGACAUCUCUUAUGACAACGUCUCGUAUGAGAACGUCUCAUGGUAUUCUGAUGUUGGGUGUGACGGUAUCGCUGGUUCUGGAACUGAAGUCGACCAGUGUGGGGUGUGUGGGGGUGACAACAAGUCAUGUCGUAUUAUUUCUGGGAUCUUCACCCGAACCCACCUGAAACACUUCGGGUACAACGCCAUCACGACAAUACCCGCAGGAGCGUGCAACAUUAACAUCACAGAACUAGCACGAAGUCGAAAUUAUCUCGCGUUGAAAACAGAAGAUGGGUCAUAUUUUUUAAAUGGUAACAGAAGACUUCACCCCACAGGAAGUUACCAUGGUGCGGGAACGGAAUUCGAAUACCAUCGGCGGAAACAUAACCGGUGUCCUGGAGAAUGCAUCCAAGCCAAGGGGCCUACAAACACGGCUGUUAUAGUGGAGCUUCUGUACUACCACAGAAACCCAGGCAUCAUGUACCACUUCACCAUACCCAAGGACCUGAUGGGUUCGGUGAUGAAGCACAUGAUUGCUGAAGAUGACAACAAUAUCAAACCAGGGGAGACAACUCACAAGUCAGGCGAGAGAACUCUCGAAUCAGGGGAGACAACUCUCAAACCAGGGGAGACAACUCUCAAAUCAGGGGAGACAACUCUGAAUCAGGGGAGACAACGCUCAACUCAAGGGAAAGACUCACCAACGCCAUCUGUUGAGCAGCAGAAUGAUGAGGAUGUGUUAAAAAGCCAGAAGGACCGACACAUCAUCCCGGCCCCGCGAUGGGUGGAUCGCAGUCUGCAGAAUAUCAAGUACGGACAGAGUCCACAGUACAUUCCUUCGCGUACUCGUAACCAGCAGCUUCAGCUGGUAGACAAGACGAGUAAACCACAGACGUACAGAUAUUCAGACAGCGGAUUCCGCAAGUCGAGGCAGUCCGUGCGGGGAUUGUACGCCAGGAGGUAUCAAGACCUACAAGGUGGGGUAAAGGCUGAAAUAACUGGUAAGAGAAAACCAUCGAAAGUUUUCAAGAAACAGCCACAUCCAAAGAGACAUCAAAUUCACCCGCGGCAUCGUUCGAGAAGUCGGUUACAGAGUUACAGCAGGCAGGCUCGGGUACAGCCAGCUAAAAGACAUUCCGCGGUUCCGGUUCAGCAAACACCUUCUAGGUCAUCAUCUCACUUGGGGAGUAGUGGGAGGGUUCUCGGAGGAGGUUCAGGAGGAACAGGGAGACAGUAUUAUCACACCAAUCAGUAUCAGACAGGAGGAGGAUACGUGGACAGACAGCACACAUACGGCACCCAGCCUGACGUGAACCGUCUGGUUCAGAGGAAUUACCAGCACGCCGUGUCGCUGAGCAACAAGCCGUAUCGCUACGACAACACGAUUACUCAGACCUCUGCUAAUCUGCGGUCGCCGGUGUAUGCUUCUCCCUUGGAUGGAAUCUACUCAUGGAGGAUCUCUGGGUUCUCGGAGUGUUCCACGACGUGUGGUGGAGGUUCCCAAGUGACUGAAAUUGUCUGUGUCAAGGGCAACUCCCAGGUGGUGGUUACUGCGGACAACUGUGAACCAACGAAUAUUCCACGGAGACAGACUGUGGCAUGUAACACGCAGCCCUGUCCACCCGACUGGGAGCCGGCCGACUGGGGUGAGUGCAGCAGGACGUGUGGGAUGGGGAUACAGUCGCGUACCGUGGAGUGUCGCCGACGCAUCUCGCCAACGGUCGCGGUGAGCGUGUCGGCGUCACACUGCAACAACAGCGCACGUCCGGCCGUCACGCAGAUGUGUCAGGUGAGGCCGUGCGCGGAGUGGAAACUCACCGACUGGUCACAGUGUUCCACCGACUGCGGCCUGGGUGAGAGAUCGCGGAAAGUUACCUGUAUAUCUACUGAGGGAAUCAUCGUUAGUGACCGACGCUGUGGUCUGCGGAAACCAGCGGUCAAGGAAGUCUGUGACAUGGGAUCGUGUGCCCAGGGCUGGUACCACACUAAAUGGAGCGGUCAGUGUUCCAGUCACUGUGGCAGUGGUGUGUAUACUCGGAAGGUUUACUGUUCGUCUUCGGAUGGAAGUGAACUGCCAGCUAAGAAAUGUUUGUCCAGUAAAAAGCCUAGAGAGCACAAGUCCUGCAAGGGUAAUCUCCCUUGUGGUGGAAUCUGGUUUACUGGUCCAUGGUCAAAGUGUAAUGCAACAUGUGGCAUUGCUUGGAAGACUCGGGACGUUGUGUGUAUGAAGAAUCUCGGUGGAAGUCUGCUGACCAUUGUGACAGAAGAAAACUGUUUGGCAGAAAAGAAGUCGAGCACAGAAGAACUGUGUUCCAAACGGCCGUCCUGCAAACCACAGUGGUACAUGACAGAGUGGUCCAAGUGUUCAGUAAGCUGUGGUACAGGAUCGAAGACGAGAGAAGUGAAGUGUCUCGAUCCGGAACUCGUUCCCAGUUUCGACUGUAAGCCGUCCAGGCGUCCCCGGGAACGUCAGUCGUGCAACAGACAGUCGUGUUCAGUAAAGAAGAAACCCAUCAUUAGAACGUCCAAUAGAAUACAGAAGGAUGAACGAGGAGGUUCUGAAUGUGUUGACGUGUUUCCUGACUGGUGUCGACUCGUGAAGCAGGCUCGAAUCUGUGGUUACAGUUAUUACAAACAGCAGUGCUGCGUGACAUGUCGCGACCACAAGUCAUAGCUCCCCUAGUCCGGUAGCAUACAGACAAUAUCACACAGCUGUAUGGCAAAUACUACCACAGGUUCAGUUCAUGAGACAUAACAGACUUUCUGUCACUCAGGAGGAUGUCAGACUAGAUGACAUUGUCUGUGGUGUAAUGUUCUGUAUAAAACAAACUGAAUUCUGUCAUACAGGGAAAUGGAAGAGUCAUUCAGGACUGUAAACUGAAUAUGGAAAACGUAAUUUAAUAUGCCAUUCAGAACACUGUAAACUGAAUGACGAGUCUAAGCUACAGGAUAUCUACAUACAACAAACUGAUUUUAAUAUGUCAUUCAGGACUGUAAACUGAAUCACGAGUCAGCUACAGGAUAUCUGCAUAUGGGAAAUGUAAUUUAAUAUGUCAUUCAGAACUGUAAACUGAAUGACAAGUCUAAGCUACAGGAUAUCUGCUUAUGGGAAACGUAAUUUAAUAUGUCAUUCAGUACACUGCAAAUUGGAUUACUAGUCUAGGCUGCAGGCUACUGGCAUUUGACAAACUGAAUUUAAUGUAUCAUUCGGGACAUUGUAAACUGGAUGACUAGUCUGAGCUGCAGGAUAUCUGCCAAUGACAAACUGAACUGGUAUGUGAUUCAGGAUACUUUAAUAUUAGAUGACAAGGUCUAUGAUACAAUGUUCACUGUAUAUAACAGACUGAAUUCCCCAUCCAGAAGAAUGGAACAGUUCAUGACUGGAUACAAGUUGCAGAUACCUGCUUAUUACUAAAAAAAGAAAAUGGAAUCGUUUCAUUCUGGAUACUGUGACGUUGGAUGACCUGAUCCAAGAUUUUUUUAAAUCUACACAAUAAACUAAAUAAUGUCACUGAAGAGAGUAACAUUGGGUGAACAGGUUUAAAGUGGAGGAUAUCUGCACACAACACACUGAAUAAUGUUCAUUCAGAGUGCUGUAAUAGUGGAUGAUCAAGCUUCAUGCUUAUAAACUUUUUUAAGUCUGGACUUGGGCUUACACAUAGUCUUAAGCCCUUACCAUCAUAGUACCAUGAUAGGGAAGUAGUUUAAACUUGUAACAAAGGUGGACUUCUGAGUUCUCUAAGCAUGGAGCCCAGAUCAAGAUUGAUGCUUAUAAACCUUUUUAAGUCUGGACUUGGGCUUACACAUAGUCUUAAGCCCUUACCAUCAUAGUACCAUGAUAGGGAAGUAGUUUAAACUUGUAACAAAGGUGGACUUCUGAGUUCUCUAAGCAUGGAGCCCAGAUCAAGAUUGAUGCUUAUAAACCUUUUUAAGUCUGGACUUGGGCUUACACAUAGUCUUAAGCCCUUACCAUCAUAGUACCAUGAUAGGGAAGUGGUUUAAACUUGUAACAAAGGUGGACUUCUGAGUUCUCUAAGCAUGGAGCCCAGAUCAAGAUUGAUGCUUAUAAACCUUUUUAAGUCUGGACUUGGGCUUACACAUAGUCUUAAGCCCUUACCAUCAUAGUACCAUGAUAGGGAAGUAGUUUAAACUUGUAACAAAGGUGACUUCUGAGUUCUCUAAGCAUGGAGCCCAGAUCAAGAUUGAUGCUUAUAAACCUUUUUAAGUCUGGACUUGGGCUUACACAUAGUCUUAAGCCCUUACCAUCAUAGUACCAUGAUAGGGAAGUAGUUUAAACUU